AUGUCUGGUAGAUAUCCAUGGUACACAAAAGUUGCUGAUGCUGCACACCGUUUAACAGUUCUCUCCCUAGUUGGUGGUUCAUUAUACGUUAUAGGUGGUAUGUCAUAUCAAGUGUAUCUUAAUGGUAAACAAUAUGAAGAACAAGCAUUGGCUCAAGGUGUUAUAACACCAGCUGAAGAAGAGAAGAAGGAUUAA